ACAGACAGAGUCGCUGUAUUGAUAUUUCCAUCUCACCCACUCUCUCCCUCUCCUCCCCAACCAAAAAAGAACACUUCUCCUAACACUCUCACCUUCUUCUUCUUCCUUCUCUUAAACUAUUCAAACAUGCUUGAUCUGGGGAAGACAGCCAAGACCCAUGCCCACCUAUCCGAUCUCAUCAAACUCUCGUCGGAUGACAGCUACGAGCCCGGGAGUGCCAGAACGCCAACGUUCGGGAAUGGUGGUCUGGACGAGGGGGGCUCCGGGGCCUCGACGCCACCACUGUGGCGGCCGGAGAGCCCCGAGAGCCGGCGAAGGAACUACGCAGCCAUGUCCCCGAGGUCGAGGACCGAGGCCAUCGCGAGAGGACAGAUGGAGCUCAUGGAGAUGGUCAAGGACAUGCCUGAGUCGUCCUACGAGUUGUCCCUCAAGGACCUCGUCGAGGUCAACCGCAACCAUCAAGGUAUCGGCCAAGAGAGGGACGGGCAGGGGCAGAAGGGCAGUUAUGUGAGGCACGCCGGCCCUCGGGUGCAGAGGCAGCAACGCUAUCAUCACGGCCAGAUGGUGAGGAGCGGGAGUAUCGACGGUAACAGCGGCGGGUUCUUGCUCAAGAUGGUGUUUCCGCUUCCUUGGGGGGCAAGGAAGAAGAAGAAGAAGAAGACUGGGGGUUUCGAUGCAAAUAGUAGGAAUAAUGGGGUCAAUAGCAAUGGAGCGUCCGAGAAAGAGUGGUGGAAGACGAGGGCUUCGGUUUCGACAUCUGCUCAUGGCGAGAGCGCCGAGACUGGCGGGGAGUCGAGCAGUCUCACCAGUGGAAGCCAGAAAAGCAGUAUCAGCAGCAGCAGUAGCGGGAGCAGCAGCCGUUCCAACAGCAGCAGCAGAAGGCACGAGCAGGAUAGCGACUGCUGGUCAUUUAUACGGACAAACAAAAGCAGGUUGCCGAAAUGAAGAUGCAUUCUUGGCUUACUAUAUACAACGCACUAUGCGUAGAUAAUUUUACUACCUUGGAUUGGCUUCAGCUGCAUUAGAAAGUACUUGUGCAAUUGCCGUAUAGGAGUGCACAUUAUGUGACUUUGCGGUUACGAUGUUCUGUCGUGCCAUGCCGGUCUUCUGUCAAUAAUUACACACAAUUAUAACUGCAAUCAUAUAUAUGUAUCAAUUACUAUUGUUGUAAAAACUUAUUCUUGGAUGCAAAGUGAGGAAAAUUGGUUUGCUUUGGA